AUGUCUUCAUCGGUCAUUAAAACCAUCGUGGACAAUUUGGGAUCAUCAAAGAUCACUGAAAGAAAGAGAGGUAUUACGGAAUUAAGAGAUUUCGUCUCAAGCAAUCGGAAUAAUUUAACGAUUUUAGAUGAUAAACAAUGGAGCGCCAUCAUUAAACAACAUCUUCUUCCCUGCAUAGAGACAGAAAUUAAAGCAAAAUCGAACAAAAAAACUAAUACUCUGAAAAACGAUGUGGCUCUUCCCACAAAGCAAAUCUUAUUGACUCUCAUUGAAUUUAGCUUGAGUGAUGACCCAGAAGUUGACAAUGCUGAUAAUGCAAGACCAUAUCUCAUUCAAGCAAAGACGAUCAAAGAAAUUGUACAAUUUAUUCUUUCAAAUUUAAAUUAUGACGGAGAAAGCACCAACGAUGACUCCGACAGAAGAUAUACUUUUGGUUCAGCUAGCUGUGACAUACUGAAAGGAAUGCUUCGAAUUCGAAAAUAUUCUUCCAAGAUUACAAGUGAUCUAUUUGAUGAGCUUUUACAAACUUUUGGGGAUUUAUUGAUUGCAUGCUCUUCAAGUCAAACAGAUGCUGCCCAUUAUGCAUCUUGUUUGCCACUUCUAGUCCAAGAAUAUUCACGAGAAUUUAGCAAAGAUCAAAUUGAAAAGAUCUUGGCACUUUUUGAAGCUUAUUUCAAAAGCAAAAACAACAACUAUGAAAAAGUGCAACUUCACAUCAUAGAAACUUUGAACACUUUUUGUGAAAAGCAAGCGCUCAAUAAGAGUGUUGUGUUACGAAAACUUGCAAAUAUCAUCUGCUCAUCUUUAUUGGAUAUUUAUUUGCAAACCAAUAGCGAACACUUGAAGAUUGAGAUUUUUAAAUUUUUACACACUAUUUUAAAUCUCAGAUAUCACGACGAAGAUGUUGUUUUUGAAAAAGACAAUUUAAUGAAAAUAUAUUCAGUCCUCAAAGAUAGUCUUAAUCAAACCAGAUUCUUUUCAUUCAAUAUCAAGAAUUUAAGUACAUUAGAAGUUGAUAUCAAAAGAAAGAACAGAGAUAUUUAUUUUGAAUUUUGUACCGAUUGCUUCUACCAAGUAAUGCUCUUACAGGACACCAAAGAGGAUUCAGACUCGCCUCCACAGAAUCCACGAGAAGUUGAGGAAUCUCCAGGAUCUAGAAAGAAGAGAAAAAUGUUUUCUGUAAAGGAAGAAAUUGUUUCUGUUGUCAGUAACGAUCUACUUUUAGAUAAGGAAGAAUUAUCAAAUUGGAUAAGGUUACUAUACACCUCAAUUAACAGAUAUUUUGCUCAUUUUUGUGGAAUCUUUGAAUCAUUAACCAGCAGGCUAUUUUAUAUCAUGAGAGAAAGAAAAGUUGUAGAUGAUGUACAUACUCAUAUCCUGAAGAUUUUUAGAUACUUUAUUCUGAAAAAUGAUAACAUUUCGAACUCCUCUUGGAACGGCGAGCUGUUAUCUCUACUUAUUCAACUUGUAAAGACAGAGUGCAGCUAUCUUUUGAGGGAAGUAUUUUCCCUACUUGCCAUCAUAUUAGAAAAGGUUGACAACAAGAUAGCUUAUGAAACAGACUUUAAUUUACAAGUGCUAAGCUCAAAAUAUUUCAAAACGAGUGAGUUUGUUUGCGCCGAGUCCUUGCAUUUACUUUUAUGCCUCUAUCAUUUGCAUCAAACAAAGAAAAAACUCCUUUUAUUCAACGAUAAACCAUCAAUAUUCAAGUGGAUUGGAAAAGCGUUCACUCUCACAGAUGCUGUGGAAAAAGACUGCAAAUGCAUUUCCUUUGUUCUCUCGAAUCUCAUUAUAACUGGAAAUAGUGACCGUUAUGAUCACUUCAAGAAAUAUAUGUAUGAUAUUUAUCUCAACGACUACAAAUCACCGCGUGCGUUGUAUUGCUUGCGAGAGAUGCAAAAAGAACUCUAUUCCUCUGCCACCGAUAGUGUCACACUAUUUACGAAGAAUGAUAUGACAAGCUUGUUUGUUGAGAGUGAGAGUAUGGAGCGACUUCUUGAAGUAUUCAACUUAAUUCUAAAGGAAGAUCUGAAAAUUGUUUCUCAGGAAUCAAAGGAGAGCAUUUGUUGCAAACUUUGCAAGCUGAUAGACAUUGUGAACACUUUCUUGAGUAUGAUUUUAGAGAAUCGAUUUUUCACUGAAAAUCGAGUGUUUUAUAAGUAUUAUCUAGACAUUCAGUUAACAUUGAUAGUGAAUUUAAAGGAGGCAUUCAAGUUUGGUAUGGGAGCUCCAUUGUGGGCUUCUCUUACCGAAAAGCUGUCACAACUUCCUAUUAAGGAUGUUUUGUUACUAAUCAAAGAACAAGAUCAGAUUGUUUACGAAUGGUCAAAACUUUCCUCUGACGUACUUCUUACUCUGGUGUCCGAAGCGAUUGAGAGGUUGAACCAACAUUCUGUUUCUAUUCUCAAACACAGCUCUCAGCAUGAUGACAUUGUCAUGUUGGACGACGAUGACGAGGAGAAUGGCUCUACCUCUCUUAAAAAACCAGAAGACAAAAAAUUUAGCAGAAAGCUCGUUUCUUCUAUAAUCAAAAUUUUGCAGUAUUCUAUCAGAGAUGUCACAUCUUCUCUUAAGGAAACCAUAACCAAGACAUUAUUGGAGUUAUUUGACAAGUCAAGUGAAGUAUUUCCAAAGUUUGAAAUUUGUGACCUACUGUUUCAUGCUGGUGAUGAACAACUUGCCAGAAUUGCAUUAGAGAAGAUACCAAGAGAGAUUGGCGAUAACAAAAGUUGGACUGCUGUACUUAGACUGCUACAAUCUCUUGAUCAGCAUUUGUAUUUGCACAGUGAUAUCGUUUCAGAAUGGGAUGACUUAUUGAUAUCAUUAACCAGCAUCUAUGAAAAAGGGUUUUUCAGCACUUCUUCCAGUAUUGAGCUUUCCAAGUGUAUUGUUCGAGCUGCGAUUUCUGGAAAAUUACCAAACAUGACAAGUAUCGCAGAACUGGCUCUCAAAUUUUUGGAAGAAAACAACUUUAUGGCAAGAUUGGAAAUUUCUAAAAAUUGUGCGGUCUUUCAGAAGUAUCUAGAAAAAGAAACCAUUGAAAAGUUAUUGUACAGAUUAAUUGAAAAUUCAAGCGAAGUUGGGAUGGUUAGGAGCGCUUUAUUGACUUUAACCUGUCUGGCAUCCAAUACCGAUUACCCUCUAAACACUAUUUUCAAAAUUAUGAAUUAUUAUUCCAAUGAUUCCUUUGUUGACAGAUAUUUUGCAAAGCAAUCAUUAACAUACCUCUCCAAUAACCUCCAAUUUUCUGACAUUAAUCAAUUAUUUAUGAAUAAUUGCAGAUAUUUCAUUUUAGAGUGGAUGAAAUCAAACAAGAACAUUGAUAACAUGCCUUUAGAUUUGCUUGGCUAUUCAUCACUGUCUGACCUUGUUCAGACCAAUGCCCAAGAUAUAUUCCCUAUUGUAUUUGUUCAUUCUGAGGAUAAAGGACUUUUAGAAACGCUUUGCUCGAGCAUGAACAUGAAUUUAAAAGAUGGCAUUUCUAAAUAUUUCUGCUACAUUUUCUCCUAUUGUUAUGCCAUUUACACUAUGGACUCGAACAGGGGUAAAGUGUUAAUAGAAACGAAGUUAAGAGGAAUUCUUGGCGCAUCAAUGGAUGCCAUUCUUCGAUCUUCCAAUUCAAUUACUGAUAUAGUAAUAGAGCUUUUAUUGUUGAUGUCAGACAAUGCCGAUAACACAUUGUGCUUUUCCAGUUCAAUCAUUAAGAAAGGUGUUGAGAGUUUAGCUAAACUUUUAUCACCAAAAGAAAAUUUGAAUCUUGAAAAGUUUUUGAAAGCCUCAAAACCCAGAAUUCACAUAAUUUUACUGAACUUGUAUGAACUAAUCACAUCCAAAGCUUAUCCUAUCGAUCGAAGAUUUUUCAUAUUGAAGACGUUUAUAGACGAAUUUUUAGGAGCAAACAUUUAUAGCCCUUUCGUUUUUCGAACAUUAAUUAAUAUGCUACUCAGCAGCACUGAAAUUGAGUUUCCAAAAGCGGUAGAAAAAACUUGCUCAUUGCUUCAGGUCAUACUAGUACACCAUUUGAACACGACCAACAAUGAGGCCAAGAUGGAACUCUAUAAAUCCAUUCCAAAGAUACGGAACAAAAUGGUAGAUCUAAUCACAAGUGGGUGUCCAACAAGUUUGCCCAAUAUAAUCUUGGAAUUAUUGUUUCGCUCUCAAAACCUUGCGGAUAUCCUCAAAAACUUGGAACCUUUUCCUAAUUUGCCUAUUUUCAAUCAGCUCAAUGAAAUGCAUGUCAAGAUUCAAGGUCAAACAUUACAAGUAUCAGUACAAAUGGAUAAUUUCAUUAGAAGUGAAAACAUUUCCGUAUUCUCAAUUAGGCAUAUUUCAAAGGCUCUGAGAGAAAACAGAAAAUACAUUUUAGACGUAUUGAAUCAAAACAAUCAAAUUUCACAACAAGGGGACUGGCUUGUAACAAAAUUAAUUUCAAAAUUGUAUAACAUAUGCUCAGGGGAUUAUCCCGUAGAAUGGAAAGAGGAAGCUGUAAUUGCUCUGGGAGAAGUUGGACUUAUUCAAAAUAUUGACAGACUGAAAAUGCAUGACAAGAGUCUUGUAGAUGAAAUAGAUAUCAAUAAGAAUUCACCUCAGCGUCAAACAGAAAUAAUUAUCAAUUCUAAAAUGAAAAUAUUUUCAUUCAUCUGCUCCUAUUUGACAGACCCAGACAUUAAUAUUAUCAAAGUGGCGUCCAAUACCAUUAACAAUAUUUUGCAAACAAAAGAAGGAAAAGAGAUUUGCUCGCGGUUUAUUGAUGCUGCUACUCAGUCUUGCUUAGAGCCAUUUAUCAACAACACAGAUCCUUUUGUGCUUUUGCCACAUGUGCUCGCCCAAAAAGCUUCAACAUCAUCCAGUACACAAUACGAGCCAAUGAGCGAUAAUCUGUAUGAUACUAGUAACAAGACUCAUGAUGAAUGGGUUAGGGCUGUGACAAAGUCCUUACUGAGCAAUGGAGUCACAGAUCCAAUUCUGGUGCGUUGUAGUGAGUUGUGUGGAGAAAAGACAGCUUUUGCAGAAUUUUUAUUUAUGCUUGCCGUGUUUGACAUUUCUUUGGGUGAAAGAGGAAAAGAGUUUUCAAAAGCACUUUCUCUUCUUUUGAAGAAGCAUGUGUUUGAGAGUGCAUAUUCAAAGAAGGAAACCAUUGUUUUACUGAUGAAUACUCUCGAUCUAUUACAUAGAAAUUACAGAUUUGUUUCAAUGAACUCUAAAAAGAAGCUCAAACCAAACACUUCGAAGUGCUUCUUGUGCAUGGAUUACUUGACCAUUGCAAAAGCUGCCUCUAGGGCUGGCAUGCAUUUUUCAGCGCUCAUGUUUUCUGAAUUCUUCUAUGAAAAGGACAAUGUGUUGACACUCAUUGACAAAAAGCCAAUGGAAUUUGAAGAACAAGCAGAGGAGUCCCAGAAGUUGCUUUUGUCAUUAUACAAUGCGAUUGAUGACCCUGAUGGUAUUUAUGGCGUCACUAAAAGUUAUGGUAUAGAAUCAAAAACUCUUCUUUGCAGUAAGGAAGGAGAAUGGUCCAAUGCCCUUGGACUCUAUGAUUCCACUGUAUUGGAAGGACGUCCACAAAGUCUCAUUGGAGUGUUUGAUUCCAUGAAAAAUCUUGGCCUCGAUAGAAUUUCCUCCAUAAUCAUGAAAGGCUCUUCUCAUGAUGAAAUGAUGCAAAAUCUUGAACUUAGAGAGCAAUACUUUGAAAAUCUGUGGAAAACUAUUUCAUUAGAUAAUUUAGAAAAGCAUCCACCUUCCAUACAUUUAGGUUUCAAUGAAACCAUUUACAAUUUGUUAUACUCAAUUGCAAAAGGAGACUCUUCUCACUUUGAUUUAACAUUACAAACUUAUAGAAAACAUUUAUCACAAUCUAUCAACUCAACAUCCAACAUGCAAUCAACUCUUGCAAAAUUACAAAGUUUAUCAGAACUUGAAAAAGCAUGGAACAUUAAAUGGACAGACAGAAAACAAAUUGUAGAAAGAAUUCCAAAAGACGAAGAUUUGGCACUUUUCAAGGGUUCUAUUGGAAUAAGAAAUGAUUCAUUCUUCAAUGUUGAAACAGUACUCAAUGUAAGAACCUCUAUUUUCAAAAUACUUAAUCUUGGGCAAGGUUUAAUGGAACAUCAAUGUGCUAUCGUCUCUCUUGCAAGAAAAGAAGGCCAAGAUCAGCUGGCUACAAAUUUAGUGAGUCAACUUACAACAACUACAAACAAAGAUCUUCCAUUGUUUAUCAUUCAAGAAGCAAAGAAUCUCUACAAGAAAGGUGACAAGACUGAGGCCAUAUCAAUUCUCAAGUUUCUUGUCCAAAGAGCCGCUAAAGUUGAAGAGUUGGAGAAACAACGACAACCAGUGGCAGAUAAAGAGUUGGUGGUCAAGUUAAAGGCACUAUACACCAAAGCCAUUUAUUUAUUAGGUCGAUGGUCUGGAGAAACGAGUACAGAAACCUAUGACACCAUUGUACAAUUUCUUACAACAGCUAUUCAUCGUCAUGACAACAAAGCAAAAGCUUACUAUCAACUUGGAAAAUACUACGAUUCAGCUUAUCAAAAUAUUGAGAGAAAAGAAAAUAGUGAAGAGAGCAAGAGUUACAGAGAAUUGUUUGAAGAGAAUAAGGUUCUUCUUGCACAAUAUAUGAAAAAGAGACAAGAGUUUAGAAAUGAUAAGGAAAUUCCACAAGAUUUUAAAUCCAAAUUAAGUUACUUGCAGAAAAUUAUUGAACUCGAUCAAAAGGACCAAGAGAAUAUUACUAUUCGCAAACAAACAUAUCGACAAGGUGUUCUCACCAAUUUUAUCAGUGCCACCAUUCUUAGCAAUAAUUAUGAUCUUGUCAUUAUUCCUCGAAUUUUGAACAUUUGGUACUCGAAUUCCAAUGACCCUUCCGUGAACCAUUAUAUUUACCAGACCACCGUGGGUGCACAGAAAAACGCUGCUAUUGUUCCACCCUACAAGUUUGUUCCUCUGUUUUAUCAAAUUGCUUCUCGAUUAGCUUAUUACGAGGAUCCUAUUCAUAGUUUCAAUAGUGCAGUUCAACACUUGUUGUACAAAAUUGCCCUUUCACAUCCUUAUCAUACCUUGCCUCUUCUGAUUCAAAUUAAGAAUGGAGAUCAGAAAAAUCAAAUCAUUACAAAAGCAGCGCCAAUCAAACCAGAUCCACUUAAAAUCAAGUCAGCAUGUGAAAUCAUUUCAAGGCUUGCCAAAGAUAUUCAUCCUAUUGUGCAAUCCUAUACUACUCUAAUGGAUGCAAUUAUUCAAUUAGCAUUUCUUGAAUUAAGCCCAGAACAAAAAAGAAAUCAAUCCUCAUCCCACAAACUAAGCACUCAAUUAUUAAUUUCAAAAAUCACAUCAUUAAGCAUUCCAGUUUUGACAGCUGACAUUCCCAUCAUUUCUUCUGGGGACUACAAUAUGCCAACUUUACCAUGCAUUCAGGGAUUUGCUAAUACCUUCUCAUUGGCAGGUGGAUUAAACUUGCCAAAAAUUAUUACUUGCAUUGCUUCCAAUGGAUCUAAAUACAGACAGCUUGUGAAAGGCAAUGAUGAUAUGAGACAAGAUCACGUGAUUGAACAGCUCUUUGGAGUUGUAAAUCAAUUACUUGCUAAAGAAAAAGAUACAAGAAAGAGAAAACUACUCGUACGAACCUAUAAGGUUAUUCCUACUUCACCCACGAGCGGUAUUUUAGGAUUUGUUGAAAAUACUCAACCAUUGGCCACCAUUCUCGUGGGAACAAAUGAAGAUCCAAAUAAUUGUCUUCAUGCCAAGUAUAGACCUAAUGAUAUUUCGAAUAAUGAAUGCAGAUCUAGAAUGGGAGCUCUAGAAAAGCAACGAGCCAAAACAGACAUUCGAAUUCAAGAAUUUAAGAAGAUUUGUGAACAAUUUAAGCCCGUUUUCCAUCAUUUCUUCUUGUCUCAGUUUCCAAAUCCAAGUGACUGGUUUGAGAAACGACAGGCCUAUACAAAAUCUGUCGCAACCAUUAGUAUGGUUGGUUAUGUAAUUGGUUUGGGUGAUCGUCAUGCAAGUAAUAUUUUAAUUGACCAACAAUCUGGAGAAGCUGUUCAUAUUGAUCUUGGAAUUUGUUUUGAACAAGGAAAAUAUUUACCAAUUCCUGAGAUUGUUCCAUUCCGAUUAACACGAGAUAUUAUUGAUGGAUUUGGAGUGUGUGGAGUAGAAGGCACUUUUAAAAAUAGUUGCUAUGCCACCAUGAAUGUCUUACGAAAUAAUAUGGAAGCGCUGUCACUGGUGGUUGAGGUGUUCUUACGUGACCCUUUGUAUAAAUGGGCAUUGUCUCCUCUCGAAGCAAUGAAUUAUCAAACAAGUAAGGAUAAGAGAAUUAUGCCAACACAAAAUACUGGGGAAGGUAAUAAGAAUAACAGAGAUGCUGAGAGAGCCUUGUUGAGAUUGAGAGAAAAAUUGUUGGGUCAGGAAGAAGGCUACAUGUUUGGUGUCAAAGGACAGGUCAAUAAGCUCAUUGCAGACGCCUCAUCAUUGGAGAACUUGGCACUCAUGUUUCAUGGAUGGGCUCCAUUCCUUUAG